CGUCCUGCUCUGUCUGGGAGGCCACUGCCCUGCCUUUGGGCUCCGGGCGGCCAGGUGCUGAGGGAGGUGAGGGGAGCAGCCCCCGGCCUCGACAGUGCCAGUGCCGAGCCGGCUUGGGGCAGGGCUGAAUGCGCCAGCGGCGGCGGCCACCCAGAGUGAGGCUGCUGGGGAGAGAAUCUGUUUCACCUCCGCGUUCCAGGGGCUGAGUUUUCCUGAAGAGGACGAGGUCUGCUGCCCAAAGGCUUGCGGGCACGAGAUGAUGUGGGAGCCCGCCCGUCAUGUCCAGGUGAGGCCCAGGAGCUCGGUGCUGAACAUGCUCAGGAGGCUGGACAGGAUCAGGUUCAGAGGCCCCAAGAGAGAGGACUGCCUGGACCUCGCGGAGUCGCCCAAUGCCUCGGACACCGAGUGCGCCGACGAGCUGCCCCUGAAGAUACCUCGGACCUCGCCCCGCGACAGCGAGGAGCUCAGGGACCCUGCUGGUCCAGGGACCCUCAUCAUGGCCACAGGCCCCCAGGACUUCAACCGCACAGAGUUCGAUCGGCUGAACGAGAUCAAGGGCCACCUGGAAAUCGCCUUACUGGAGAAGCACUUCCUGCAGGAGGAGCUCCGGAAGCUACGGGAGGAGACCAACUCGGAGAUGCUGAGGCAGGAGCUGGACCGGGAGCGGCAGCGGCGGAUGGAGCUGGAGCAGAAGAUGCAGGAGGUGCUGAAGGCCAGAGUCGAGGAGCAGACGGCGCAGGCCCAGCCGCCGCCGAGAGGGCAGAGCCAAGCCAGCAAUGGAGCAGACCGCCGCGGCCAGGGGCUGUGCUCCCGCGUACAGAAGUGGUUCUACGACAGAUUCGGGGAGUACCUGGAGGAUUUCCGCUUUCAGCCCGAGGAGAACACGGUGGAGACCGAGGAGCCCCUCAGUGCCCGCAGGUUAACGGAGAACAUGAGGCGGCUGAAGCGCGGGGCCAAGCCUGUCACUAACUUCGUGAGGAACCUUUCCGCCUUAUCCGACUGGUACUCCGUCUACACCUCCGCCAUCGCCUUCACGGUGUACGUGAACGCUGUGUGGCACGGCUGGGCCAUUCCCAUGUUUCUGUUUCUGGCAAUUCUGAGGCUGUCUCUCAAUUACCUCAUCUCCAAGGGCUGGCGGAUACAGUGGAGCAUUGUGCCAGAAGUGUCCGAAGCCGUGGAACCUCCAAAGGAAGACCUGACCGUGUCCGAGAAGUUCCAGCUGGUGCUGGAUGUCGCCCAGAAAGCCCAGAACCUCUUUGGCAAGAUGGCGGACAUCCUGGAAAAGAUCAAGAACCUGUUCAUGUGGGUGCAGCCUGAGACCACGCAGAAGCUGUACAUCGCGCUGUGGGCCGCCUUCCUGGCCUCCUGCUUCUUCCCCUACCGCCUGGUGGGGCUCACCGUGGGGCUCUACGCAGGCAUCAAGUUCUUCCUCAUCGAUUUCAUCUUCAAGCGCUGCCCGCGGCUGCGAGCCAAGUACGACACGCCCUACAUCAUCUGGAGGAGCCUCCCCACCGACCCCCAGCUGAAGGAGCGCGCGGGGGCGUCCGUGUCGAGAAGGCUGCAGACGGCUGCUUCACGGAGCUACGUCUCCAGUGCACCUGCCGGCCUGAGCAAGGAUGACGACACCGGUCGCUUCCACAGCUCCAAGAAGGGCAAUUUCCACGAAAUCUUCAACCUGACGGAAAACGAGCGUCCGCUGGCAGUGUGUGAGAACGGCUGGCGCUGCUGCCUGAUAAACCGAGACCGGAAGAUGCCCACGGACUACAUCAGGAACGGGGUGCUGUACGUGACGGAGAACUACUUAUGCUUCGAAAGCUCCAAAUCCGGGUCUUCAAAGAGGAACAAAGUCAUCAAGCUGGCAGACAUCACAGACAUCCAGAAGUACAAGGUCCUGUCUGUCCUCCCAGGCUCAGGCAUGGGUAUUGCCGUGUCCACACCGUCCACCCAGAAACCGCUGGUGUUUGGUGCCAUGGUGCACAGAGAUGAGGCCUUCGAGACCAUUUUCAGCCAGUAUUUGAAGAUCACAUCUGCAGCAGCCUCGGGCGGAGACAGCUAGUACCGACCCCUGGAGGCCGCCGGCACUUUCUAACACGGUUGUGGGACAGAGUGGCCCUCCUCGUGACCUUUUGCAAUAAUCCCCUACCUGGUGGUUUCUGUUGGGUUGGCCGCAUUUGCAGAGCCCAUCGCCCCUGGCUGGGGCCCAUGAGGAGGAGCCACUGCCCCUGGCAGGCACAGGUGGCGCUCAGUGGACAUGGCUGGGCAGAGGGUCUGCAGGGUUCAUCAGAAGGAUGACAUGUGAGGCCUCGCUGACCGGGCCUGCUAAGCAUAGCGCCUCGUUCUCUGGUCCACCUGGGUACUGACUGGCACCGGCCACCCGGGAGGCUCUCACGACCCCGCGACCCCUGCUUAGCAGAGGUCUGAAGCUUCCCACCAAAGCCAUCACCGAGUGCGUCCAUGUCCCCUCCCGCUGGGGGCAGGAAGGAGUGGCCCUGGGCCCCCGCACCAGCUGCCCAGAAGUGGCCAGGGGCUCUCCCUCGAGCUGACCUGCAGCUGCGCUUGUCCUUGGAGCUCCAGAGCCCAGCCCAGGGACAGGGCUGUGGUCGUGGGAGCAGUGAGCCUGGGCGUCUGGGGGCCGCCCCAUCACUGCCAUGGCCUGUGCUUGGUGACAGGAAGGGUAGAGUGGCCUGAGGGUGAAGCACAGCUCCCUAACACUGCUCCCCGGAGGGGCCCUGGAGGGCGUCCGGAGGGCUUCGGGGUGCUGAGCUGUGGCUGCCGUCAGGAGAAAAUCAACAGUCAGGCCAGACUUGGCCUCCGGGCCGCAGCCACACAGGUAGGCACAGGCUGGGGUGGCCGGGGUGGCCAGGGCUUUGUGGCCCAUAGAGGCCCAGGCUGCAGGUGCCCUCUCUGCCUGUGGGGCCGUCAGGGGCCCCUGGGAGGACCGUCUUCCAUAGCGGGUGGCUGUGAGCACAUCCCGACGUGGGGCAGGGCCGCCCUGCGCCCGCGACGCUGGACAGUAUCAGUGCGUGGCCCAGCACAAAGCCCCCUAGGCCGCCCCCGCGGGCGGCGCACACUGGCUUGGACGAACUCCUGCUCUGGUAGAGGCGGCUGCGGGUGUGUCUCCCAGGCUUGGUCUACCCCGGGGCGUGGUCUGCACGUGGAUUUGAAAUGAAAAGCAGCCGACAUCGAGUCCUGGGACAGGCUGGCCUCCGAAGGCUGCGGCCACAGGCAGUCUGCACGCCUUCCAAGCGGUCUCCAGUUCGUCAGCUUGUCCCGGGUCUUUCAGGUGUCACUGAGAUUGUUUUUUGGAGAAACAGAUUAUAUUUUUUACAGAGAGCAAGCUGUUUUUCUUAUUUUUGUAUCAUUUUUCAAAUGUAUUUUUACCUUUGCUCUGAAUUCUCCUUGGCAGGCUUGGGAGUGAGACUGGGGUGUGGGCUGGUGACCCCCUCCCUGGGGGCCGCAGGGUCGCACCUGGUGCGGGGACAGGGCACAGCCAGCCCGGUCAGGCGCACAGGCCACUCCAGGCUGCCACCGUUCCAAGCAGAGCCCCUGGCGUGGCUCAGCCUGGUAGUAGACCCACUGUCAAGUGCACAGGGCUGGGCAGGACCCAGGAGGACCCCGAGGGGAGGCUGUGUGGGUGAUGCCCAUGAGUGAUGGUCAGACCUCUCCCCUGGCCCUGGCGGUGCCCAGGGCGGGUGCUGGGAACGUGUGCUCAGGGAGCACUUCCUGCAACACACGGUGAAGCUGUCCGCAAGCACCCCGGGGAGCGCCUGGGCGGACGGGGCUUCUUCAGGCCGCCUGUUUCAGUUUGAGUCCCUUUCUCAGAGAAGGGCGAUGAAGACUGGCCACGGCCUGCUGGGCACAGCCACCCAGUGUGGGGAGGCUGGCGUCACCCCAAGUUGCACAGGCAGGCGGUAGCAGGUCCUGCUGUGGAGCCUGGGGGCCCUGCACAGGUCUUGCGCCUGUCAGAGACUGCCGUUCUGUGGAGGUGUAAAUCUGGGCAGGUAUUUAAUUUCUAUGACUAAUCACUGAACUAGAACGAAUGUUAAAUUUUGUAUGUCUGAAGCUUGAGUCUAUUUUGGAUCUGUACAUAAUCGUUCCUGGUGUUAACUUUUGUUCAGCAAAAGGAUUGUACUGUAUGGAGAACUGAUGAAAAAACCCUUGUCACAUUUUUUAAGAAAACCUUGUUUAAAAAAAAAAAAAAGUCUUGUAUAAAUUAUAAUUUUUAUUUAAAUAAACCUAAAAUGCUUUGUGCUAAGGCU